AUGGUAAACGAGGUCGAAAAGGUAGGACAGGUCGAAAAGCAAGACGAGGUCGAAAAACAAGACGAGGUAGGAAAGGUAGACGAGGUCGAAAACCAAGACGAGGUAGGAAAGGAAGAAGAGGUCGAAAAGCAAGACGAGACAGGAAAGGUAGACGAGGUCGAAAAGCAAAACGGGGUAGGAAAGGUAGACGAGCCAGGAAAGGUACACGAGGUCGAAAAGCAAAACGAGGCAGGAAAGGUAGAAGAGGUCGAAAAGCGAGACGAGGCAGGAAAGGCCGAAAAGCAAGAGGAGGCAGGAAAGGUAGACGAAGUCGAAAAGUUGGACGCGGCAGGAAAGGACGACAAGCAAGGAAAGGACGACGGGGCAGCAAAAGGCGAAAAGCAAGAAAGGGAAGAAAAGGUAGAAGAGGCAGGAAAGCAAGGAAAGGAAGAAAGGCAAGACGAAGAAGGAAAGGUCGAAAAGCAAGAGGAGGCAGGAAAGGUAGACGAGGUCGAAAAGCAAGACGAGGUAGGAAAGGAAGAAGGGGUCGAAAAGCAAGACGAGGCCGGAAAGGUAGACGAAGUCGAAAAGUUGGACGCGGCAGGAAAGGACGACAAGCAAGGAAAGGACGACGGGGCAGCAAAAGGCGAAAAGCAAGAAAGGGAAGAAAAGGUAGAAGAGGCAGGAAAGCAAGGAAAGGAAGAAAGACAAGGCGAGGAAGGAAAGGUCGAAAAGCAAGAGGAGGCAGGAAGCGUAGACGAGGUCAAAAAGGUAGGAAAGGUAGAGAAAGUCAAAGAACACGCAGGAAAGGUAGACGAGGUCGCAGACCUAGACGAGGCAGGAAAGGCAGACGAGGUCGAAGACCAAGACGAGAUGGAAACGGUAGACCAAGACGAGGCAAGAAAGGUAGACGAGGUCGAAGACCAAGACGAGAUGGAAAAGGUAGACGAGAUCGAAGACCAAGAAGCGGUGGAAAAGAUAGACGAAGUCGAAAAGCAAGACGAGGCGGGAAAAGAGGAAGAGGCCGGAAAGGUAGACGAGGUCGAAAAGCAAGGCGAGUCAGAAAAGAUAGACGAGGUAGAAGAGGUCGAAAAUCAAGACGAGGUAAGGAAGGUAGAAGAGGUCGACAAGCCAAGGGAGACAGGAGAGGAAAAAAUACAAGGCGAACCAGAAAAGCAAGACGAGUUAGGAAAGGACGAAAACCAUCUCCGAGACCUGUUAUCCUCCCUGCUAUUUCUAAACCUAAUAGAAACACUCAAGAACCUCAAAGAACCCCCAAAUCCCGUAAACCCGCAGGUAGAAGAAAUCGCCGACGAAACCGACGUAUUCGAAACCGACGUAUUCGAAGACGACGUCGACCAACACAAUAUCGACCUGGAUAUCAUCCACCACGAAGAUACAGGAAACGACGAUACAUGAGACCUGAUUAUGAUGAUGUUGAAUAUGAAACAGGUUACGAUUACGGUCGACCUUAUUACCGAGGUUACCGAGACAGCCACCGUGAUGACGACAGCGAUAAAUUAAUCUUUGAUCUCAAGAAUAACUUGAA